GUUGCUCACAGGUUAGAGCUGGCAUUUAAGGAUGCCAUGAAAAAGUGUGCCCCCAAGAACUAUGAGAAGCUCACUAGUCUUCUCAUGGGCCUGUUCUAUCUGUUUCGUCGAAGUCCAAAGCAGAAGAAAGGUCUUGAAAGAGCUGCGGAGGCUCUUCACAUGAAAAUGCUUCUACCUACUAGAAUUGGGGGAACACGGUGGUUGCCACACUUCGAGAAAGCUCUCAAUAUAUUCUCGAGAGGGUAUAAACUCUUCCUGUAUCAACUGGAAAACGCAUCACAUCAGAAUGCCAAGGCAGAAGGGUUAGCUAAGAUGAUGAGGGAUGGAAACCUUAUCCUGUACAUGCUGUCACUAAAGCGCGUCAUCAGCAACUUGCAGAGCCUCUCCCUGUACCUACAGACAGACCUCAUCAGCCUCGCAGAUGCUGCUCGACGAGUGCAGUCCUCAAAGACUGCCAUCUCACAGCUGUAUAGCACUUUCGGAGACAAAGAAGUUGAGACUCUCUACAGGCAGUUUGAAGAUGUUGCAUUUGGGAAAUCUAGUGAGGGCAUCGCCUUAGAAGAUGUGUUGGACCAAUGGGCAACACUGAGGACACUGAUCUACCACAGAUAUCCAUUCCAAGACAGGCAGAAGCUGACUUGGGUCACUGUAAUGGGCAGCAUGGCGGAUCAGCAACUAUAUGCAGUGUUCACACUGAUUGACAUUACUCUGGCCCUGCCCCCCACCUCUGUCAAGUGCGAGACAUCAUUCUCCGCCAUGAAGCUCCUCAAGAACAAGCGAAGGGGCCGUCUCCGUGCUGGACGCCUCAACGAUGUGAUGAUGGUGAAGCUCACGUCUCCAUCCAUCAAUGAAUUUGACCCAGACCUUGCGAUCAAGCACUGGAUGACUUCAACACCCAGUGGACAACCCCGCAGAAUCAAGAGAGAAGCCCCAGGAUCCCAAGGGGACUGUAUCGUGGUGUCAGAAGAGGACGAAAAAGAUGUUGCCAGCAACAAGGUGCCAGAGAACUCAGAAUAUGAAGAUGAUGAUGAUGAUGAUGACGAUGAAGAUAUGGAGAUGUCGGCGGAGCAUGCCUUUUCUGUUGUUUUGAAAAAUGAAUAAUAAAUGUUGUAAAUGGGA